UCUAGCUCAGACGUAUGUUUAUCGCGUAAGCGUACAAGGUCGUUCGCUCCUGCUGCUUUCCCAGCUUUCUAUACAUGGACUACAUCGUCGACCAGCCAUUCGACGUAGCAUAUAAUCGCUCAAUCUUUGCAAGGCUAAGAGGGGACGUGAUUUCGAGAUCCGGACUGCAUCGUGUGCAAGUGGUUAUCCACAUUCCGCUCCAUCACCGCACAUAGCCUACGCACUCACACCUCAAAAAUGCCAGGAGCUCCGGCGAGGGGCCAGGUGGCCAGUGGGAGGACAUGCAGCAAGAAUGCCAAGCAUGUUGUCAUUAUCGGUGCAGGAGCCGGUGGCACUUGCCUGGCUGCUAGACUGGCUCACAAGGGCUAUAGAGUCACAGUGGUAGAAAGGCACGCCGGUGUAGGUGGAAGAUGCUCGCUCGACUUUCAUCCCGAAGGUCAUCGAUGGGAUGUCGGUCCGAGCUUGUACCUUAUGCCAGAGAUCUUUGACCGGGCCUUCGCCUCGAUGGGUCGCUCGAGGGAGAAGCUGGUGCCCCUGACCUUAGCUUCCCCAGCGUACACAAUCCACUACCACGACGGUCGCUCCCUGCAGCUUUCCUCCGAUCUCACAGCCAUGGGAGCCGUGCUGGAGAAGUUCGAAAGACCGUGCGGCAAUCCUGAUCCGCUUGGCAACUUUUUGGAAUUCCUCAACGAGGCUGGACAACACUACGAGGAAUCCAUUCGAUGGGUAUUGGGUGCUGAUUGGACUCAUCUGCUCGAAGCGCUCACUCGGUGGGAGAUGUAUCCGAUGCUCUUCAAGACCCGCAUCCUGCACAUUUGGACCACCUUGUACUCCAGAGCCAGCUCAUUCUUCUACAGCGAUCACAUUCGCCGCGCCAUGACUUUCAGCUCAAUGUACAUGGGAAUGUCGCCCUUUGACGCGCCAGCCACAUAUUCGCUUCUUCAAUACGCAGAAUACGCAAAGGGGGUUUGGUACCCUAUAGGAGGCUUCCAGCGCGUCGUGGCUGCCUUUGAGCAGAUCGCCAAGGAGGAGGGCGCUUCCUUCCUCUUCAACACGAACGUGAAGCAAAUCAAACUCGAUGCUGUAAGGGGCGCAGCAAGCGGUGUGGAGCUAUCGGACGGUCGCAAGAUCGAAGCGGAUGUGGUGGUGAGCAAUGCGGACCUGGUCUCGACGUACAACAAGCUACUACCACCAUCUCCGUACGCCGACCGUUUGACGCGCAAGGAUCAGACCUGCAGCAGCAUCUCCUUCUAUUGGGGCCUGAAGGAAAUCGUCCCCGAACUGGGUGGCCACAACAUCUUCCUGGCAGAAGCUUACAAGGAAUCCUUCGACGAGAUCUUUAGAGAGGGCAAGCUGCCCUCUGAGCCUUCCUUCUACGUCAAUGUGCCCUCGCGCUUGGACCCGACGGCUGCGCCGUUGGGUAGAGACACGCUCGUCGUCCUGGUUCCAUGCGGUCCCCUUCCCCUCGAUGCAUCGACUUCUCGUGCAGAAUUCGAAGUCACUCGAGCCAGAGCGCGGAGACAAGUGAUAGCUACUUUGAAUGCUCGACUAGGAGAUCGACGCGCUGAGAGGCGAGCGGAAGCAGAUGGAGGCGUGUUGAAAGCUUUCGACGAGAAGACGGCGGACGCUUUCGACAUCGAGUCGCUCAUAGCUGUGGAACAGGUCAUGGAUCCGUUUGAUUGGCAGGAAAGAUUCGAUCUAUUCAGGGGUUCAAUUUUGGGUUUGAGCCAUACCAUUCCGCAGGUGCUAUGGUUCAGACCGAGCGUGCAGCAUGCCACAUACCGCAACCUGUUUUUUUGCGGCGCGUCGACUCAGCCAGGAACGGGGGUGCCCGUGGUCGUGGCAGGGUCUGCCGUCGUGGCAAAGAGGAUAGACGACUUUUUGAGCAAGAAGAGCAGCAGUGCUUCCUUCUUGCCCCGCUCGCUCGCGAAUAUCUGCGCUAUGAUUGCUACUCUCAUUGCGCUCCUUGUCGCUGCUUUGCGAUGAACUUGAUUGCCGGAAAUCCAACGCAGAGACAAUCGUUCGUACUUUUCCCAAGACCUUUUGCAUGAUGCUUUGCCCUCACUUUUGCUGCUGAAUCGUUGUCGCAUAUGACCCGACGCAGCAUUCAUCGCGAUUCCAAAU